AUGCAAUUCGCAGUGCCGCCGCGGAAGAGCCCGCAUCCCCUUCCCGGCGCCCGCUCGUCUCGAUUGCCUCUCUAUCGAAGAAAACAGCUCAAGACGAUCGGGUUAUUUGCAUUCGCUCUUCUAGUCAUCCUCUACCUACUCACUCACCUCUCUUCCUCAAGCUCAUCCUCUAUCGUGACGCCGGCUGGUACGGCAGGUCCAGUGGUGAUUGUGACGUUACUCGAUCGCGAACAUUGGAGUGAGAGCUAUAUCAAUAAGAUUAUUGCCAAUCGCGAGGAUUAUGCAAAGCGUCAUGACUACACAAACUUCUUCGCUACUUACUCCGAAUAUGACGAAGCAGUCGGCGACGCCCCAAAGAGCUGGGCAACUAUUCCAGCUGUCCGCCACGCAAUGGCUACACAUACUCACGCCGCAUACUUCUUCCACCUAAGCCCGCACGCCCUCUUCAUGAACCCGAGUAAACCACUCAAAUCGCAUAUCCUGGAGAGAAACCAACUCGAAUCGAUAAUGCUGAAAGAUGUUCCGGUCGUGCCACCGGAUAGCAUUAUCAGGACAUUCGCGCAUCUCCGAGAGAAGGAUGUGGAUUUCAUCACAACACAGGAUAGCGAGGAUCUUACUCCGGGUAGCUUUGUCCUGAAGAAUGGAGACUUUGCGCGAUAUCUUCUGGACUUGUGGUUUGAGCCGUUGUUCCGGAACUACAAUUUCCAGAAAGCCGAGAUUCAUGGAUUGGAUCAUAUCAUUCAAUGGCAUCCGACUGUUUUGGCUAGGACUGCUCUUGUUCCCCAGCGUGCGCUGAAUGCGUACAGUAAGGACUCGCGUGGUGCCGGCCCCGAUGGAACGUAUCAGGAUGGAGACUUUUUGAUUCGAUUUCCUGGAUGUGAUGAUAUGGAGGGCAAGGAGUGUGCGGAGCUGGAACCUUACUACAUGAUAUGGCAAAAGAAGCUCAAGAGUAUACGAUCUUGA